CCAAGCUGUGCGCUAACCGAGUAGGCGAAUUCACUUCGUCACUUCACAAAAGACUUCCAAAUUCACUGCGGCAGACACUGCAAAAUAAAAAUGUUAAGUACAUCCUAGCUGAGGGGGAGAGAUGGAAGGCUCCGUGUUCAAUCAAAGGUUUGCAAUAAUAGGAUUCAUUUUAAAAUAAGACAGAUGGGAUUAGGAAAUGUUGCUGCGGUGAGACUGUCAUGAGAGGCACAGGCAGCCUGUCUUUUGUGGACCUGCACAAUGAUCCCAGAGCCAGACUGGCUUAGGAGACCCUGGGACUAGGGCUCCAGAGAGAGGCCAUCGGCUCCGGGACACCCUGCAGGGCAGGAGGCGGAGACCAUGCAUCAGAUCUACAGCUGCAGUGAUGAGAAUAUUGAAGUUUUCACCACCGUGAUCCCUUCCAAGGUGCCCAGCCCGUCCAGGAGAAGAGUCAAGAGCUCUCAACACCUCUUGGCCAAAAAUGUGGUGAUCGAGUCCGACCUGUAUCCGCCACCGAGACCGCUAGAGCUGCUGCCGCAACGCUGUGAGCGCAGGGACACAGGCGACCGCAGGUGGCUGCAGACUGGCCGACUACAAACCGCCAGGCCACCCGGGACCCAUCCCACUAAAACCCCCGCCAGACCUGUGGGAAUUUCUGAACCCAAAGCAUCGAAUCUGUGUGGGAAUCGCGCAUAUGGAAAGUCAUUGAUUCCUCCAGUGGCCAGGAUCUCAGUGAAAACUCCAGCUGUGGUGGAGGUGACGGCCAAGGGCUCAGAAAAUGGAGCUGCUCUGGGAAGGGGAUCCAGACACCUCAAGAAGAUAACAGAAGAGUACCCAGCCCUUCCCCAGGGAGCGGAAGCCUCGCUGCCAUUAACAGGCAGUGCUUCCUGUGGCGUCCCCGGCAUCCUGCGAAAAAUGUGGACCAGGCACAAGAAGAAGUCUGAAUAUGUGGGAGCCACCAACAGCGCCUUUGAAGCCGACUAAAUGCGACCUUUCGUGGGCGCCUUGCUUUGGCCCAGGUUCACAGGAAGAUACUAGAGUUGAGGACUGGGACUGAGCCACCCUCCCCUCUGCUGGUUGCUGGUCCAAACACAUCAUCAUUCCUUACUCUGGCAUGGGGCAUGGAAAGUUAACAUCCUCAGUAGCUAGUAGGAAAGCCAUUCCUCAGAACUACUAAAGCCGUUGGUCUUAAAGUCAAAUUGGUUGAUACAAAUGUUAUAACCCUAUCUUUAGGCAAAACCGUACCAAAAGCAAAGCUUCCUGGGCUUUCUGAAAGCCCUCCAAGGAAAACAGAAGGCAGUUGAGCUGUCUUCUUUGUGAGUUUCUACAAGACGUAUGGUUCCUGGUAUAAAUGUAAAAGUUUGACUCUGAGGUACUUGGAACACAGUGGUUCUUACUUUGCCCAUUUCAUGUCUGUUUUGCCUUGGUGAAAAAUGAAACGCUUCAUCUCUACUUUGUUCUAAUAUCUACUUAAUGGCAGCCAUCGUCGCUCUGCUUAGCUAACCGUGGGCACGACUGCAUGAGCUCUCUUCUUUUAGGUGUGUUCUUUUUUAUAGAAAAGCACCUAAAAUGUCAAUGUUAACUUUAAUGUUCAAUACUUUGUGACGUGGUACAGUUGACCAGCUUUGUAUAACGACUUUAACCCAGAGAGCUUUCUCCCAUUGUUGUCUCUUCUCACCACUACAAAACCUCUGCUAAGAAAGCACUGUGGUCCCCAGCUUACAGAUGAGGACUCUGGAGCAUCUGGAUGGCAGUAUGUGACAGCAGGUUGUGGGACUGUCACCAGAUCUGAGCUUCACUAAAAUAACUAAUUUAAGAAAGUUUUUAAAUGGAGAGAAUCUGAUGAUGUUGGAACAAAGAAGUGAUUUGAAUGAAAUUCAUCAUUGUGCAUUUGAUAAUUAAGACAGGUGUAGUCGCAGAGAACAGGGAUCCCUGUGUCUCAAGAGAAUCGCAUGUUUGAGACAUGCCUGAGCAGCCUAGCAGGACCCUGACUAAAAAACAAAACGAAGUACACAUGCACGUGCAAAUGCACAGAGAGAGAGAGAGACAGAGACAGAGACAGAGACAGAGACAGAGAGACAGAGAGACAGAGAGAUUAAAUGAAACCAGAAGAAACCGCCAUUUUUGUAGGUUGAAACAGCUGAAAAAUCAAUUCCCUAUGGCUCAAACCAAUGACGUUUACUAUCAUUUAAAAAUGAUCACGUAAGGAAUAACGGUAAUUGAAACUAUUCUUUGUUAAAUGCCUACCUGCCCUAUGCCAGGCACAAUGUUGAACACCUCGCAUGAAUUAAGCUACUUUCUAACAGCUAACUUAGGUGAAUUUGCCCACUGUAUAUGUUGAUACUAAUUCAAAAAGAUUAAGUGAUUAGAUUGAAGUCACCACACUCUAGGUGUCCAACUUCCAUGCCCAUAUUACAUCUUCUCCUUCACACAAAAUAGGGAACAGGGAAGGAAGGAAAUCAGCAAAGAAUCUUCAUCUAAAUGUCCUGGGAGAGGCUGCCUGGAUCACAGUGUGGAGAUGAGGUAUCAAAGCCCGGAUACUGAUGAGUGGUAUCUGCCUGUGGAGUGGUCGGUAACGUAGACCUUAUAUAUUUCUCAUCUGUGGCUUACAGUCUGCCCCUGGAAGUUUUGUUCCCUAAUUCAGAGGUUUAAAUUAAUCCAAUCUUCUUAAUGAAAGCAGAAACUCUGUGAUAAACUGUACCCUAGGAUUAUGUUGAGAAUCACCAGGUCUUAGCACAAGAAGGAGUUUAAACUGUUCGGGUCUCAGGCUUGCUUCUGAUGCUCUGUGGACUCUGCUCUCCUGUUCCCGAUGCUCUGGGAGAACUGGAAAAUGGCAGUAGGUCAAAGAUGAACUUCCAGGUUCUUGCUGUUUGCUGCUCUUCCACCGCUGCUUUAGACCCUCAGCACCUGACCCCUCAUGUCCAAACAAAGUCUGGACACUUGAGCAUCAAGUGCUGUGUCCCAGUGAACCAUCCAAUGUCACAUAUGAUAUUAAGUUGGGAUCCACAACAAAGUUAGGAAACAAACAGGUCACAGAGUCUCCAACGAUUGAAUUUAUUUAACUUAAAAUCGAUGUCUUAAAUGUGUGUGUGGCACCUGGAGAUUUAUUUUACAUGUAGACUGGGACUCAUUUAUUUAUCAUUGAUUUAAAUAUUUCAUGGGGAAAUGUUUGCCUUGUGUAGAACAUUUCAUUUGGCCAACUCAAAUAAAAAUAAAGGAUGCCUUGUUAGUGACAUUAAGUGACUUGAAGAUUGU